AUGCUGAGCAGCAACAUGAGCAUCGUCAACGACUACAUCAUGUUCCGGCUGCUGAUCGACGACGCCGACAAGCACAAGCAGAAGCGAAAUUCGCUGACGCCUCGGCCUGGAUUUAUGAUGCCUCGGGGCUCGAUUGGCUCUGAAUUCGGUUGGUGUCCGAGUGAGGCUAAAACCGGAUGUGGUCGGCUGGAGCAACUUGGCAUUUUUUAGACUGACUCCCCAUUUCCUUCCAUUUUUUCCUAUCGAGAGAAAACUUUCUGGAUUUUGUUCUUUAAAGAGAAUGAUAUCAUUCUUCCUGUGUAUCAACGGGCUUCUCUUGAGUAAAUUUAACGCACGAACACAAAUAAAAUGAGCUGUGGGCGGAAAAAAACAAUUGAUUUUGAUUCUCUCUCCCUCUCGUGAGGGGGAGGUUUGUAGGUUAAAAAGCAACUGUUCCAUUGGAUUUCUGAGACAAACUUUGAUCUUUUCAGAGCUUCUGAGAGCAGAUCAAAGUUGGAACAGCCGUGUCACAAAAUAAAAAUGUCUAAUUUCUCGGAAUUCGUUAGAGCUCUCCUAAACAUGGGAUUUCAGAGCCGUUCUGCUCGCCGAUGGUGCCCCACGUGCCGAUCCGCGAGAGACUCGCUCGUCGCGGCACAAGUGGUUCGUUCUUCCAGCCUUUUCCUUCGUUUUCCCUCCAAUUUCCUUUCUUUCUCAUUUUAGAGAUUGAUCGUUUGCUUGCAAAAGUGUAUAGCUAGCGACAAAAGGGAACAAUGCAAGAUAGAAUCUUCCGUUUUUUUUUUCUCUUUCGAAGAGACUGAAUAGUCGUGGCGUUUUACGCCCACAACCUCUCAGCAAUUAACUUUUUUUCAAUCGUAAGGAACAAUCUUUCAAACCAGACGGAAGUAGUACUAAAUUGUUGAAGGUUUUUUGUGCUCUUUCAACUUUUCCUUAAACGUUUCCGGCCUUUUUUAUUUUUUGCAUUAUGCGAAAAUUGCGACGAUUACAAACUGUAGACACAAAGUGAAGGGGAAGUCAUUUCAGCUACAAAAAUGUUCUCGAAUACGUUUUUGGUUAUUCUGUUUUUACGAGAAAGAAAGCGGCUCCGCGUGCUGCAAUCAAAUUUUAGAAAUUUACAUUUUUGGGGUCCAUUUGAAUGAUUGCAGAGGAAAUUUCUUUGGACUUGUUUUGGAAGGAAAAAGCAUAUGGGUUGGAGCCGCUUGCAAAAGGAGAAAUGAAAUGGAAUUGAAUCGAUUUUGAAUAUAAAUUUGAGGUUCAGCCGACGUGAGCGACGACGUCGCCAGCGGCUACAACUGCUACGCGCCGCGGCGACGGCGAAUGUCGCUGCUUCAGUCGCUCCGAUACCAGAACAAGGCGCUGGCCGACAGCGGCUGCGACAUCCAUCGCGUCCGUACCGACAGCGAGAGCACGAAUCGAGGUGGAUACUCAUGAGAAAGUUGUGAAUCAGCGAAAUGAUAGAAAAAUGAAUUCUUCCUCCAAAUUUUUUUCUUAUUGAGAGAAUCUUUUUUUUCCAAUGUUUCAACUGCUAGGAGUGGGUUCUCAAAUUUGAAAAAAAAAUUCAGAAAAUUCAUUUUGAGGUACUAACCCUUAUGAACAGUUCUUUUUUGCUUUUUUAUUUUGGAAAAAGCAUUGGUUUUCGACUGCGAUCUCGCAGUCAAUUCACGACAUAUUUCCCAAAAGAUGAGGUGAUUUUGUUUGUUUUCAGACACGUGCUCGCCGCCGCAGAAAACGUCGCCACCAGUCACUCCAAACAACAAAAAGACCUUCUCCCAACUGAAGACCAAGUUCGUAUCCUCGAAUAUAUAGCGAAAAAAAGGGCUGCUCUUCAUCAAAGUAUUAGUUAAACGCGUCUCGAUGGGAUGAAGAAGACUAUAGUUUUUUUCCUCUUCUUCCGCUGCGAAUUUUUCUCCGACGAGGAAGUAUGACCGGCUGAGACUUUUCGCCUUUUUUGUUGGCCGCUUCCAAAUGAUUUAUUUAACUCGCCGGCUCUUCUGGCCAGUCUUAACUACAGCUAUUUAAGCUCUCAUUGUUAGCCGUUUGUCGAGUUGCUCCAAUACGAAAUUCUGAGAAAGCUCUUGAAGUUUUUUCUCGAGUUUAUUACUUAUUUACUUUGGAGCAGAAAAGAAAAACUUACAAAGUGCGUGCCAAGCUGGUUGAUGGUCGCUUAGUCAACAAACAUAUAGGAGGCCAUUCAGAUUUUCCAAUUAAGUUUACCCAAAUGGUCUUCUUGAUUAAAAUAGUACAUUUCCCAUUAAAAGAGAGCAGAUCUAGGCGAAAUUUUGAUAUCCAUUCCGAUCUUUUUUCGUUCUUUUUGUUCCCACUGACAUAUUUUGCUUGGCCAGGCGGUCCAUCAAAUGUCGCAUGCUUCCCAGGUUCUGUUGUAAUCAGAGAAUGCGGUUCCUGCCGCUUCGUAUUAUAUUUCGUAGGUUAUUUGAAAAAAAAAAAAUGACAAGGUGCCUUCCUAGCAAAGUUGAGUACACAACCAUGGAUUUCGCUUCGGAAUGUCAGAAAAAAGGGCUGAGCUUUGUGAAACGAACAUUUAAUGCCUUGGGUGCCAUUCGGCGGACAACUUCUUCUUCGGAAAGUAAAUAUUUACGAGCCCAUAAAGCUGUGUUUUAGUGUUGUGGAUGUAAGAUUUGGGUUGCAGAAUGGCCUCUGUUUGCAAAUCGAAACUAUUUUGAGUCGAUUGAGGAAGUUUUCCAAGUGGAUGAGGAAUUUUGAAUUUUAAUUGCGUGGCGACUCGUCUGGAAAUACGAGCUUGCCUCACAUGCUCAAAGUCUUAUUUCCAUGACUCCAACUUUGAACUUUUUGCCACAAAAGACCAGUUUCCUGAAUUACAAACGAUCGAGCACUUCUUUACUUUUACAAGAUUUGAAGAAUCUUUUUGAACUCCUGUGAAAAAAGAAGGGAAGAAUAAUAGUUUAAGGUUGUGUCUUUGACCUUUAUUUGCAAAAACGGCUUCAACGCAUUUCUAAGAAGUCCCUUGAGGUUUUAACGAGAUAUAUCGGUGAAGAUACGCCCUGACGUACGUGCGAAGCGCUCCAUGGGGGAGACCAAAUAAAAAUGAAUAGCGAGAAAGAAAAAAUGUAUUUUUGGAGAUGAAGAAUGGGUCAGAGAGACUCUCCAGGGAACAGCUUAUGAAUUGUUCGGCGAGUCUGCCACUUUCCUAUAUUCCAUUCGUUUUCUAUAGAUGCUAUUUUUGCCCCUCACUGCCUAUCUCUGGGUCCAAUGACUGCUCAGUCAAAGGGUCGGAAAUCGCGGCUCCAAAACAUGGAAAUAUGACUUUCUUGCGAGGCCAACAAUCUAAAUUCCUGCUUUCCAGGAUAUUCGGCAAGAAGGAGAAAGGAACGCCGGUGUACAACAACGGCGAAUACUCGCAGUCGUGUGACGUCAUCAACAAUGGUUUGUUUCUAAUUUGAUUGGAAGUUAUGGGGGACGAAUUAGCGAGGCGAUCGGCGUUUCCCUGUGGCGUCAUCCGUCAUUAAUUAUUGUCUUUGUCCAUUACACUCAAUGAGCAUACGCGCGGACACGCGUACCCGACGUGAGAGCGUUUGAGAACCGAUUGGAUUUCAAUUGGUGCCGAGGGCCAGGCCGAACUUUGAUUUUUUGAAGCGAGAAAAAAAGGCUCAAGAUUGCUGUACUCAACUCAAACAUUUAUUUGCUUUAGGCCGUCCUUCCUCUCGGAAGUCGCCGUCAACGACGAACGACAGCGGCCGGGGCAGCCAAGGUCAUCUGGAGGAACGGCUGGAGACGAUGGCAAUCAUCGAGCGCGAAGACGAGCCUGACGACCUGGAAGAGGACGUCGUCGAGAUGAUGAAGCCGCUUCGGCCACGCACCAACUCCUGUCCUGACCUCUCUACGCUGCGAUUUCUCUCUCCCAAGAAGAAGGCGUCUGCAAGUACGUCGUCAGCUUCGCGACGCGCCCCCAUCGUCGACUCUGAAUCCGAUGAAGACCGCACCAUCUCUCCUGUCACAGGUUGGUCGAGUGUUUAUCAAGUUAGUCUAGAACUUUGGUGAACAUCCGAGUUUCAGCUGCCGACUGCCUUCACGAGCGACGGUUACAGCGCAAGUUCGAAGAGCAACGACGGCAACAGCAGCUCGCCAUGUAAGGGGCCGGCUCCGGAGAUUCCGCAUUUCUUGAACAUUUCCCUUGUUUUGUAAAUUAUUACAUACCUAUGUAAUUCCAUUCAUUGCGCACCUGAUAGUUACGGAGUCAAAAAAGAAGAAAAGACGUUUACACAGUUCAGAUACCGGUUUUUUUUUCAAAUUUAUUUUUCGUUCUCAUGAUAGCCUUUCAAUAAACUUUACGUGCACGAAAAGAAGCUUUAAGUUUGGAAUGUUUUGGCUCCUUUUUUCAUCGACUGGCGGUCUUUGAAUCAUAAAUUAUUCCUACAUUCCAAGUGAUUUAUUUUUCCACUCGUUGCAUUGUUGUGUGUGUUCUGAGAUUGUUCAAAAAUAAAGAAUAAUAAGGAAAAACGCAAAGAAAAAAUGAGAAACGUCUCUUCUGAUGAGGCGGCAGGGAAAUCGAAUUUCUGAACCUUUCUAAGAGGUUCCGUCCUUUUUUUUGUCAAGAACUCUCGUUUGAAAGCUCAAUCUGCUCCGGGUCAUAUCCAGGUCAAUGGUUUUUGAAAUUUCGAAGGACAAGUUCCAUAAAAAAAAAACGAGAGUUGAGAGUUCACAAAACUUUGAAUUCGUUCAUUUUUCUCGUUUGAAGAAGCUGUCUAAAUUUAGAGCCUUUCACUCGCACGCUUCAUAGCACAUUUCGUCGCUCUAGGCAGUUGUACGAAAAAAUUUUGACGAGUUCCAAAGCUUAUUGGUUCUUUUUUCAAUUCGAUUUCCUUGAAAAGAAAACAGAUCUAAUAAAGACAACGUUCAUUUCCCUGUUGCUCGUCGGAAAGUUGCGAUUCCAAGUAAGGAAACAGGUUGAUGAGCACCAUAACACACACAAUAAUGUUUCUCGAGGGGCCUUGCAAAUCGGAGAAACGAUUCACCGCGAGCUUUUCACAAAAUCAGAAGGAAACUGCAAAAUGCGCACCUUUUCUCAGUUCCGGACCUUCCAAAUUUUAUAAAAGCUUGUUGUGAAACCCGCUUUCUUGAUGCUUAAUUUUUUUGAAUUAUUUGUGACCUUUUUCAGGAGCCACAUCGAUGAGGAGGGUGACGUCAUCAGCCGUCUCUCCGGUGUUUCCCAACGGUUCGUUUUCUUUCCAAUUCAAAGUCCAAAUAGUGAAGUUGCACGCGUGUACUUUGAAGCACGCUGAAACCAAGAGGUCUUUUUCUGCCCCCAAGAUAUGACGUCUCAAAACCUUAACUGCCCAUCUUUGCAUAGUUUAUCAGUACCGCUGGGCGAGCUUCAAAACGUCAUAUCUUCAAAAAAAGGUUUUUUCUAGUCACAAUCCAGUUUUGUGCUAGUUUUAUUCAGUCUUCAGAGAAGGUACUCUGCUGAAUCAUGGAAUAAUUGAAGAGUUGUUUGUCGGUUCGCGAUACUGUCGUUGAUCAAGCGUAGACGGCGCGUAGAGCAUCUCGCCUCUCUUGUGCUAGUAGUAGACGUUCUUCGAGCGUUUCCGACGAUCACUGCUUCUCCAUGUAGGAACAGUACGGCGCCCAGCUUGUCCAGGGCUGACGGGCGUCGGAUUGAAUCUUGGACGAGAGCGGAAAUGAAGACCGACCACUCGGGUGGUAGAAAUGAGAUAAUUUUAUCUGCAGGUCACAAUCCAGACCUGCAGAUAAAUUAAUAAUAUUUAAAAGAUCCAGAUAAAUUUAAACUUCAACGAGUUCGUUGUUGAAGCCUGACCUCGUCAGCCAGAAUAAAAGGAAAAAAAGAAAGCUUCUUUUUUCCCCUCAAUAUAUCCGAGUAUGAAAAACGAAACGUUCAAAAUGAGCUUUGUUUCUUAGGAACCAUUGUCAGUCGGAGAAUUGAAUAGCCCCUUUUCUCCGCUUUUCUUCCUUUUGGCCACGAAUUUCAAUUUUUUGAUUCAAUCAUCUCAUAAAAACAGUUUAACCAGUUUUGAAGUAACUUUCAGUCUUGUAGAUUAACUACCGAGAAAUUUGAAAAGAAUCUAACCGAACAGAAUUUCUACCGUGCAAGAAUUAUAUACCAUUAGAAAUGAUUUUGGAGUCGCCGAAAAACUUUCUCUGAGCCUUCUUUGAACGAAAUUACAGAGAUCAUCCUUUUUUUCAGAAAUAACUUUUUUUCACUCAUUUUUUUGAUAAUGAAAAAUUUUUUUUCAAAGUUAGAUAAUUACUAUAAAAAAAGUUUUGAACACAUCCAAAAAAAUUUUCGCCAAGAUAGGGAAUCAGUUAUCAACUUGCUGAUAUAUUCAAAGGAACGAUAGAGUAAGAAAUAAUAUAAAUUACAGAAAUUUUUUUCAAAUUUAGGACAAAAAUUUUUACAAGUGAGUUGUUCUACCAGACGGUUCAAAAAAAUUUGGAAAAACUUGUGGAAGCUUCAAAUAAAGAUUUCUUACCGUAUCUAUUUGCGAAAGCGUUUUGAAGUUACGGAAGAUUGAACUUUUCAAUGUUGAGGUUGACACUGGCCCCAAAAACUUUGAAAAAUUUAUAUAUAAAACUCGGAAUAAUUCGGUAGCCGCUGUGCUGGAUCUUCAUCUGGACCUUUGAGAAUGUUUUAAGAAAAUACAAUGAGAUUGAGGAAUUUACGUUUCUUGCGAGGUUUUGCAUCUGAUCGCUCCUUUGAGCACUUGAUAAGUGUAUUGUAAAAUUACAAGAACUAGUAGUCAAACAGAACAUUGAUUGGCGAGGCGUACCUGGAAAGCUCAAAGGUUUUGAGACGGAAAGUGGAAGUGACACCGGGCGGGUACACGGCGUCGGAGGCUUUUUGUGUGCUCAAGACGCACCAUCCGUCGUUUCGGUUUCUUUUCGCCUCAUUACUUGUGGAUGGAUGCCAGAUUGCUUCCGUUGCCGCGAUUGUUUCUUCCAUGAAAAACGGCGUUUUCAGAACCGCGCAGACCGAGAAUCUCGCCGACUUUGACGACAACGUCUCCUCGAUCGUCCUCGACCACUUCCUCUCUUCCACUCGUUCGUUUUUUUUUUAAAUUUUUAAUUGUUUUUGCGACAAUCUGAGAAAUAUAACAUCAAAAAAAGAAAAAGAGAAAAAAAUUUUUGAAGAUAAGAAAAAUCUCAAAAAAAAAGUUGCGCUUCAAAGUUUUUUUUCAUUACACAGGGUAAGUUUUAAUAAAGAGCCAUAUUUACAUAAAUUGAAAAAAACAUGAAGAAUAAAUUAUAAAAAAAUAUUAAAAACAAAAAAAUAUCGAAAUCAAGAAAAAAAUGUGAGAAUAAAUAAAAUUAAUAAAAAAAGUUUAAAAAAACAUUUCGGUAAUAAUGAUAUUCAUGAAAAGGAUAUAGGCGCUUCAGUUUUAAUCUGAGAUUUAUCCGUACAACAGAUUGGCUCGAAUUUUUGUACUAGAAUGUUUCUAAACUUCAAUCUUUUAAUUAACAAUUUCUUCAAGAGCAAAAGAUUGAAUUGCCUUUUUCAUUGAAAGCGCUUUCAAAGGGCACACAGAAAAAAAAACGCGAAAGAUUCGAAUUUCAUCAGGGCGCGAAUUUCCCCAAAAUCGGCUGAAACAAUCGGAUUUUGUGUGUUGCAGAGCUGAACUUGGACGCCGACGACUCUUCGGAAUUUUCUUUGACGGAUUUCGUCGACCCUUGUGACCGAGAUCCAACCAGCAGGUCUGCACUUUUAUUUCCAAAUGCCAAACGUAAUGACGCCUUUUUAAUUGCCCGUUUCUGGGAUAUUUACCAAUGUUUAAUGAAAAAAGGCGUUGAAAUCGUCCACGAGACUGCGCCGCGCAAAGUUAAAAGGUUCUGGAAAGAAGGUUAGAAUAAUUGCACCGAGAAGCUUCUUCUGUCCCUAAUUAGUUCUUUCUGAGGGUGUCCUUGCAGCGGCUGGCAACACCGACGCUCUUCUGGGCUUUAUUUCUUCGAUUUAUGUUUCUUUUGUUAUUUUUUUCUAUUUUUUCACAGUCUUCGGGUAGAUUUUAUGGCUUGAAACUUCACGUAUAUCAUCAGUGUGCCGCCAAUUUCCAGUUACACUUAUUUAUGAAGCUUGGGCAAAAGAACAAAAGUUGUAAGAAAAAUGAAAUCUUUCAUUUCUCAUAUUCUUCUCUUCGCAAAAAAGUAUUUUCAUAGAAGACGAAACUUUUGGAGAAAACAAGAAAAAAGUCUUCAAGAAUUAGAAAAAAAAAUUCAGAUGAUAACGUUGGAAGGAUCUUCAUUCAAUUAUGGGCACUCUUUCAAAAAAUAUAAAAAAAUAAUAGCAACAUUCAUUAGUUAAAUUCUUAACUUACUAACUUAAAGGAGGUAUCCCAGUUUUUAGAUGGAAUUUAAGCUUUGACAGUUUCAAUUCGAAAUUUUAAAAAAAUUUCAAAAAAUUUUGGAAGUUUCAGAAUGAGCAUUUUUCAACUUGUAAGAAUGAGCGAAAUGAGGAAGUGUUCUGAAUAAAUUUCUGUUAUUGAAUAUAAAAAAACUUUCAAAACAUCUUUUUUUAAAAAAAUGCCAGAGCAUUCAGGCGUGGUUUGAAAUGGAAACUUUUUUGCACGCUAAUCUUUUUGUAGCUCAAGCAGUUCUGAGCGCAAGUAAGGUUCGAAAUCAAUUGCCCUAUACAGCUCCCAUGGUUCCACUCUUCGCUACGCUAUUUGAUGCUUUAUUUUCUGAAUUUUCAGCUCGACGAACACGGCGACGUCGGUGCAGACGGAUCUGUCGUUGCUCAACGUCGAGGAGCAGCUCACCGACUUUCUGGAGCACUGCCGCAGCAACCAGCUCGACCACGAGGUAAUCCCUUUGGACACUGCCGAAAAAAAGUUAUGAGGAGCCGUGGAAGUAUAACUCAACUCUGAUGUCUUAGUUUUUGAAUAUGUCUGCUGCGAGGUGUUGGCAGAAUAGAGGCGGAGCCUCGGAUGAUUGGCCGAAUGGGCAAUUUGGGAGGGUCGGCGCAUGUUAGCGACUGCCGUGAUUGAUGGCGGUUUUCUCGCGUAGCCGUCCACUCAGAACAUGUAUGCAAAAAACAAUAAUUCACCUCGAUUUGGAAAUCUCAAGCUUUUCGAAGUUUUUUUUCUCAGUUUUCUCUGUUUAAAAAAAAUGGUUAUUAUAGAAUAUAGUUCGGAGCUUUUUUCUUGCUGAUUGUAGCUUCUCAUAGGAAACGUGCAAGAGCGGAGCUCAUUAUUGACUUCCAAAAAAAUUGAAACAUUUUGAAAAUAUACUGGAUUUUAAAUUCUUGGAACACUCGAAUUUUUUGAAGUCAAAGAUCCAGAAAACGGUUUUUGAUAGCUACUCGAGCCUGUUUUGAAGAUUUGAAGAUUUGAACGAUUACUCUGAUCACCAACUUCUUUCCAACGGACUAACUUAGUGAUUGAAAAAAUCUAACACUCAGCAGAAAACAGAUUUUUCUUUCGUUAAAAAAAUCAGUAUAACUUCUUACUCUUUUUUUGUAAGUUUAAUCAAAAAUUGACUAUUUUUUGUUUUGCAUCUGAAUCGAAAAGGCUUAUGAUUCUUAUCAUUCCGAAUUUCUGUGCGCGUAAAAUCGGAGUUUUCUCAAACUUUCCUUAUUAACUUUCGGCGAAAAUUAUGCUUGAAAAUAUUGAAAGCAUGAAAUUUAAGAUUUUUCGAGGAAAUUAUAAAGCAAGAUAAUCUUUUCAUGGUUCAUGGAAAGAAGUUUUUUUUUCUAACUUUUUUUGAUUCAUGACGAGUCGUGGUUAAUUUUGUGGAAUGUGUCUAACACCAUUUUGGGGAAAAUGAGCGUCGCUGAUUUUAGACAAAAGGUACCAAAGUCAUGAAGACGCAAUCAGAAUAUAGGACUAGACGGCUUCUCGAGUUUCCAUUACUUCACUUCCAUUUGCAGUAGACGGCCAACUUAAUUCGCACCAUUAUACUUGGGGGCCUCCGUCGCCUCGCGCAGAUCCCUGGAGGCGUUUUUGCCUUGCCAUUUGCCGCUUCUCCAGCCUCCAGAUGCUCUUUUCUCCGUUUUGGGACGAGCUGUCAGUUCCGCGCCCUUCCAUUACAACUUAUUACCGGCCAAUCUGAAGGAUUCACUUUUGAUUUGA